UGAGCUUAUCCUUAACACUAUAAUUCUGUCUUUUUCAAUCCAGAUUGCUACAAUACUAUAUAGCAUCCCAAAUUCUUCGAGCAUCAUUACCAUAAAAGAUGUCAAGCCGAAGGUCGAGGUCAAGGCAUUCAGCAGCUUCAAGGAUCACUGAUGAUCAAAUCAUUGAUCUUGUAUCUAAGUUGCAGCAGCUUCUUCCUGAGCUUCGCAAUAGAUGCCCAGAUAAGGUUUCAGCAGCCAGGGUCUUGCAGGAGACAUGCAACUACAUCAGAAGCUUGCACAGAGAAGUUGAUGACUUGAGUGAGAGGCUGUCUGAAUUGCUUGCAAAUUCAGACACCAGCCAAGCAGCCCUAAUUAGAAGCUUACUUAGUCAGCAGUCUUAAUCAAUCCAACUGCUGCUUCCUUAAUUAUGUUGUACUUUCAGCUUCUUUCCAGGUUUUUGUCACUAGCAUUUGACUAGCUAGAUGAGUUCAUCUGGAAUGAUCAAACAACUCCUAUGGAGAGCUAGUUUAGAUGUAUGUAAUAAAGGAGUUUUAGCAUUUAGAAAUGCUCCCAAUUUCCUUAUGUAUCAAGUUAAGCAUUCAGUCG